CUCAAAAUCUUCCCCAUCCCAAUUCUUCUCAGCUUCUCCCUAUCCUCUAAAAAUUCGUUAUAUUUUUCUCUCUCUAGAACUCGCGUUGACCGUUGACCGCGGUUUCUUUCUCUCUCAGCUUGUAACAUCAUGGCCACGCCCGAUGACCAGCCGGCUAAUCCUCUGCAACAACCUAACUCCUCACUCCCACAAUACCAUGAGAUGAUAAUGGCGGCGAUUGAGGAGCUGAGCGAGAAGGGUGGGUCCACAAAAACGGACAUUUCGCGGCAGAUAGAGGCGGCGCACGGCGGCCAGCUGACGUCAACUCACGGCACUUUGCUGACGCACUACCUCGACAAGAUGAAGCAGAGCGGGCAGUUGGUGUUGGUUAAGAACAACUACAUGAAGCCGGACCCGAACGCGCCGCCGCGGCGAGGCCGAGGCCGUCCGCCGAAGCCGAAAGCGCCGCUGCCGCCGGGGUACGUCCCGCCACCGCCGCGUCCGCGUGGCCGGCCGCCGAAGCCGCGUGACCCGCUCGCUCCGACGGCUUCGCCCCUGAAAAAAGCCUCCGCCGGCGGUGGCACUGGCCGGAAACGUGGGAGGCCCCCGAAGUCCUCCUCCGCUCCCGCCGCCGCCGCCCCUCCCGCCGCCGGACCGCCGAGAGGGCGCGGCAGGCCGCCGAAGGUGAACCCGGCCGUGGCCGCCCCCGUUGGGGCUUAAUUGAAAUAAAAGAUAACUUCAGUGACUGUAGUGCUAAUCACCAUUCUCCUUAGAUUUUGCAUUUUAGUCCUUGUAGUUUUGGGUUAAUUUUAAUUGUAGCGCGUUGUUUUGUGACUGUAUGUGAGUCGGUGAAUGUAACUAGGGAUGCUGUAAAUUUGUAAGAGGCAAAUGAAGGUGGAGGCUUUAUAGGCCCUUCUUGUUUUACUUUCCUCUUUUUAAUUUAUUGGAGUGGUUUUUUUUUUAAUUUUACAUUUUUUACUUUUUGAUUUUUACUGUCUUUGUAAUGGGAGAAUAUAUAAAUGGCUAUGAGUUGAAUGACUUUUAGGUA